CUCCACCCCGGCGCGGGGGGGCGGAAAUGACGCGCGGAGGGCGGGGCCGCGAGGCGCCGAUGGCGGAGGCCCCAUGUUGAUGUCCCCGGCGUCCUCCGCGCCUGCCUAGAUCAGUCAUGUCAUCUUUUCAAGAAGUCCCCUCUUCAGCUAAUCCUUUGCAGACUUCCAAUUUUGCACAUGUGAUUUUUCAAAAUGUGGCAAAAAGUUAUCUUCCAAACACGCACCUUGAAUGUCACUACACCCUGACCCAGUUUAUCCAUCCUCACCAGAAAGACUGGGUUGGUAUUUUCAAGGUUGGUUGGAGUACUGCAAGAGAUUAUUACACGUUUCUUUGGUCACCUAUGCCAGAAAAUUACACGGAAGGAUCGACUGUUAAUUGUGUACUGACAUUUCAAGGAUAUUAUCUACCAAAUGAUGAUGGAGAAUUUUACCAGUUCUGUUAUGUGACACACAAAGGAGAGAUCCGUGGAGCAAGCACACCUUUUCAGUUUCGUACUUCUUCUCCUGUUGAAGAAUUGCUCACUAUGGAAGACGAAGGCAACUCUGAUAUGUUAGUCGUGACUACAAAAGCUGGACUACUUGAGUUUAAAAUUGAAAAAAUAAUAAAAGAAAAAGAAGAGCUGUUAAAGGUAACUGCUGUUCUGGAAAAGGAAACUGCACAACUCAGAGAUCAAGUUGAGAGACUGGAAAAAGAACUUAACCAUGAAAAGCAGAGAUGUGACCAACUGCAAACAGAGCAAAAGAAUAAUAUUCAAGCAUCUGAAACUCUUAAGACUGAAAAUGAUGAUCUGAAGAAGAAGCAUGAUGAGGCUGCUUCAAAAGUUCUGCAGCUUGAAGAAGAUAUUAUGACUGUUACCCAAAAAGCAAUUGCAAAAGAAACAGAGUUAGACAGUCUGAAGGACAAACUGAAGAAAAUAAUGCUUGAGAAGGAGCAACUUGAAUGUGCGUUAAAGACAGAAAAGGAUGAAAAAGAACUUUAUAAGAUACACUUGAAGAAUACAGAAAUAGAAAACACCAAACUAGUAAAAGAGAUCCAGACGUUUAAGAACUUGGAUGCAAACAAAGAAAACAUGAUAACGUAUUAUAAAGAGGAGGUUGGCAGAUUACAGCUAUUUAUUGCAGAGAAAGAAAGUAUGAAGAAAGCUUUUUUACUCUCCUCAUCUAACAAGGAGGAUGCAACUAUUCUAAAAGAACAGCUUCGAAAAGCUGAAGAUCAGAUCCAGGCUAGCAAACAAGAAGCUGUCCUAAUGUCAAAAGAACUGAGUGACGCAGUAAAUGUGCGAGAUAAGACAAUGGCAGAUCUUCAUAGUGCACGUCUUGAAAAUGAGAAGUUGAAAAAGCAGCUUGCUGAUGCGUUAGCUGAACUUAAGAAGAUCACAGCUUUGAAAAAUGAACAGGAAGUUUCCAGCACAGUGGAGCACGAACUACGCAGAGAAGUUGAAGAUCUGAAGCUUCGUCUCCAGAUGGCUGCUGACCAUUACAAGGAAAAAUUCAAAGAAUGUCAAAAACUUCAAAAACAAGUGAACAAAUUUACGGAACAAGCAAAAAUUGCAGGAAAUCAACAGAAACUGGCAGAUGCAUCCAACAUUCAGACAGCUACUGCCGUCAUUACAGACAAAAAGUUGUCUACAUCUCCAGUUAGCCCCAUUUCAUCUGAUAUAGUUUCGGAAUUCGUGGUAAAGGAGCAAGUACGUGAAAUGAAUAAAGAAAUUGCUGAGAAAACAGAAAAGUAUAAGAAAUGCAAGCAAAUGUUGGCAGAUGAGAAGAUGAAAUGCAGCGUCUAUGCUGAUGAACUAGCUAAACUGGAGCUGAAGUGGAAAGAACAGGUGAAAAUCAAUGAGGGUAUGAAAUUACAGCUAGCAGCAAUGGAGGAUCAGUAUAAAGUUCAGCUGGCAGAAAAAGAGAGACAAAUAAAGGAGCUGACAUCACAUUUGGAGCUCUUUACCAGUGAGAAGGAACCUGGCAGGGCAGCAGGAACUCAAAAGGGAAGAAUGAUGGAAGGGCAUAUUUCACAACCAACAUUACAUUUUCGCAACCCAUAUUCAGAGGAAAGUGGACCAAUUCCUGCAGUGCCAAGUAGACUACCAGUAUUGCAAUAUGGAAACCCUUACGCAAUUCAGGAAAGAAGAGAUGGAGCAGAUGGUGCUUUUAAUCCUGAUGAGAUCCAAAGACCACCUACUAGAACUUCCUUUUGGGAGAUAGAAGAUGAUGUAGUCUGUAGUCAGCCUUCACGCAAUCUUAGCCGGCCAGAUGGUUUAGAAGAUCCUGACGAUAGCAAUGAUGAUGAUAACACUGUACCCUCUGCUCCUGAUCCUCCAAGUCUUCUUUUGCCUGAACGUGGAACAGGUUUUUGCUUUGACUCUAGUUUUGAUGUGCACAAGAAGUGCCCUCUUUGUGAUGUGAUGUUUCCACCUAACUAUGAUCAGAGCAAGUUUGAAGAACAUGUUGAAAGUCACUGGAAGGUAUGCCCCAUGUGCAGCGAGCAGUUUCCGCCUGACUACGAUCAGCAAGGAUUUGAGAGGCAUGUUCAGACUCACUUUGAUCAGAAUGUUUUAAAUUUUGAUUAAAAUCUUUGUUUUGCAAUGUAGCUUAAAAAGAAAUAACUUUGAGUAGUCAGUCCACCUAUAGAACAAAACCAGUGCAGCCUUUCUGUAACAAUGCAGUUUUCUGAUUGAAAAAGCUAAUGGGAGCUGUGAUGAAUCUUGGCUGGAAGCUGCUAAUGGGUUGUCUUCUGUCUUUACCUAACAUUAUCUUAAAGAAAAGACUUGUUUGUGUAUGUAUCUAUUUAUUCCCCUACUUAGUGGAAUUUGUAAGGACAUAGGAGUUAACUUAGCCUCACAAACAAUGAGACCAGCUUCAUGAUGCUCUUUAGCUGUAAAAAAAAUAAUAAUAAAUCCCCCAUGAUUUCUCUUGACUAUAACUGAGGCAUGAUUAAAAAUGUAAUAAACAGAUGUUUCUCACAGUAUAUUUGAGUAGUUUUUCUUUGAGUUAAAGUUACAUAACUUCUUACUUACUCAAUGCAAACAUAAUUUUCUAGUACAUUUCUGAAACGUUGGUGCACGUACUGUGAGAUUACAUGCCUGCAACAACAGUAAUGACAAAUACUUCAGUUUCACAGAUAGGACAUUUGCCUUAAGGAAUAACCUUAAGUAUGUUAUACUUUAAGGCAGUAUUUUUGAGUUGCAAGAAACUGCUCUGCUUAGAAUGCCUCAAAUAAUUGUUUAAAAUCAUUGCCAUUAUGUUGCUUGAAACAUGGUUACAUCUUUCACACCAGUAAACUGUGUUCCUUUUGGAUUCGGGCUCUCAAAAACUGCUUUUUAACUACAUAUUUCUUUCCAGUAACAACAUGUGUGUAUGUCUAAACAUUCUAUAUUUACUUAAAUGUAGUAAGUAAAUUUGCUUCCCACUUGUUGUAUAAUAGUCUUGUUAAAUUAAAAGCAAAAUUAUUCAUCAAA